AAGGCGCGCCUCUCCUCUGUCCUUCCUGACCGCAGCGACGGGUGCCAGCUUUGGGCGGGGCCCUGCGGUUGUGACGGGCUCCUCCUCCCCAGCUCCUCCCAUCCCCGCCCCCUCGGGCCCUCCUGCGCUAACCGUGCUCCUUCAGGCCCCUGCGCCUGCUCCCAGCCAUGGUGGCCUGGCGUACUGCUUUCCUCAUUUGCUUCGUUUUCUCCUUGGCCACCCUGGUCCAGAGAGGAUAUGGAGACUUGGAUGAUUUUAAUCUGGAGGAUGCACUGAAAGAAACUUCCUCAGUAAAGCAGAGAUGGGACCACUUCAGCAUCACAACUAGAAGGCCGGGAACGACCAGAGCCCCAGCAAAUCCAGCAGGAAGUAAUUUUGACUUGACUGAUGCAUUAGCUGAUGGAGAUGAUGGGCGCCGAAAACCAGGUACAGGAGGAAGAGAGAGAUGGGACCAUGUCACCACUACCACAACUAGAAGGCCAGGAACAACUAGAGCACCAUCAAAUCCCAUGGAACCAGAUGGUUUUAACUUGGAGGAUGCCUUGGAUGAUCAAAAUGAUCUUGAUGACCGCAAAAAACCAAGUGUAGGAGAAGGAGGAGGUUUUUCAGACAGGGAUCUUGAGGACAUACUGGGAGGUGGAGGAUACAAACCUGAUAAGAAUAAAGGUGGUGGCGGUUAUGGCAGCACUGAUGACCCUGGAUCUGGCAUGUCGACAGAAACUGGCAGCAUUGCGGGUGUGGCCAGUGCCCUGGCCAUGGCCCUGAUUGGAGCUGUAUCCAGCUAUAUCUCCUACCAGCAGAAGAAGUUUUGCUUUAGCAUUCAGCCAGAAGGGCAAGAGGGCCUCAAUGCAGACUACGUGAAGGGGGAAAACCUGGAAGCCGUUGUGUGUGAGGAACCCCAAGUGACAUACUCCAAACAAGAAACACAGUCUGCAGAGCCUCCACCACCUGAGGCACCCCGGAUCUGAGGCCCUGUUCAGUGGCAGGUGCACAGGAAGGGUGCCACCGCUUGGGACCCAGCUCCAGAUUUCAUUUGCUGACCUUUUCCUCAAGUUUCUUCUCAUGCCACUGGCUUCUUAUUGUACUGAAUUUUCUGUACAAACAAACCUUAGGUGUUUGUGAGUGUCGUUUCUGUGCCCUGUCCUGCAGAGUAUGGUGACUCCGAAGAGACUUGGUGCUGAGACCUAAGACCUGCCUUGAGCAGAUCACGAGCAUUACAAGUUGCUGGGUCAAAGAGACAGCCUGUUCCAGCCUUAGCAUGGGAAGAAGGAGGGAGACCAAGGUGAGGGUGUCCCAGAGGAUGGUGGAGACAGUGCUGAAGGAGAACAUUUCUGCGUAAGCAAUCCCUAGGUCCUAUGAGACUCUUCAUCUAGAAUGCCGGAGGCCUUGCUGGGACACUGGCCACUAAAAGCUGUGAGCAGGUUGCUCAGCUAGCGUCUGGUACAAGUGGAGCCUCUGCAAGAAGCAGAUCGGCCAGCACCAAGUGCACACACACACACACACACACACACACACACACACACACACACACACACACACACACACACCUAGGCGUUUAAAAACAUUUUGUUGUUCUCUCCACAACUUCGGGUUCCUAUUGCUCAGCUUCCAGAGAGCUUGUCCAGGUGGGGCACGAGCUCUUUAGUUAUUUUAGUGCAAGCAUGCAUCUCACAGUCACCUCACCCUGAGUUUAGGAAUCUGGAGAACGUGGGAGCUGUGACUUGCCGGCUUGAUUCCCAUUUGAUUCCAUAAGGGUCUCUGGCUGGCCUGGUAACUUCUGCAUUGGAAACGCGUUUUCUACCAGGUUGGGGUAGGUGCUCACCCCUGCCUUGUACAUUAUCUUAUUUCGGUAGCAAGAGUUACAGAGCCUGAGAAUGAACAUGGAAACCAGGAGCAUGGUUGCUGCUUUACUAGGAGCAAAUGGGGACGGGGGAGGGGGGGAGGGAAGCUGGUUUAGCCGAGUGGAAUGUCACUGCUGCCUUUGUAGUCCUGUAGCUUGUCCUCAUUGCUAUAGUGAAGAGGGCUCUGGCCAUGUUCACUGUGAUAAAUAACAGGAAACCAAGAACUAGGGCUUCACCAGGCCCAGAGAUGCCUGCUACCACCUAGUUGGGGCCAGAGCUGGCUACUUCCUGGAUUGUUCCUUUGACUUUUGGCUCUUGGCUUCUGUGAGCUCUGCAGUGAACCCUGCAAUUGAAAGCUAAGCUAAUUUAAUGUGAACUAAUAGUUUGUCCUGUCAAAAAGCACUUCAGAAAACAGUGUGUGUCACUGGGAAAGCAAGAUCCUACUUACAAAACUCACAGUUCCUCUGGACGACAUGAUGGCCCCAUAUAUUCCACAGACUGUGAAUUGGCUCCUUUACAUCCGCUGAGCUGGGAUAAGGAACACCCACCUUAAGAAACCACUGAAACCUUGUGCUGUCUAAUGCAUGCCGUGAAUGUGUUUGUUCUUUAAAGACUAUUCAUGGUGGAGGGCUGGUGGUGUCAUGUCUCCAAGCAGCCUGAACACUCGUUCUCUGUGUGUACCUGUGGGCUAUGAGAUGCCCCUUUUGACUGGCCUUUGGUCCCAGGCAGACUAGGUCUGUGGAUCUGAUAGGGAGGCUGGAACACUGGGGAAAUGGCACCAAGAUGGAAAAAAAAAAAAAAAAAACCAUGGCCUCAGGAAGCCCCCUUUGUUCUUCAGCAAGUUAAUUAGCAAGGGAUGCUUGCAAGAUGUGUCGGUUUCCAGAACCUU